AUGUCGUCAGAUUUCGAAAAAAAGACUCCUGUCGUGUCCAAGGUCGAGGAGCAGACUUCGGUUUAUGAGGGCUCCGAGGAAGAGACAAAGGGGAACCUGUUCAGCAGUUUUAUUGACAGCUUCCGCCCAGUUGGCAUUGUCGAUGAUGAUGAGGACCUCACUCCGCAGCAGCGUGCUAUCGCCGCGACUACCAAAAUCCCCCUCAGGCACUCGCUGUCGAAUCGCCAUUUGCAGAUGAUUGCUAUUGGUGGCUCUAUCGGUGCUGGUCUUUUUGUGGGUUCCGGUAACGCUCUAGUCCAAGGUGGUCCAGCUGCCAUUCUGAUUUCUUACUGCCUGGUCGGUGUUCUCAUGUACCUGACCAUGUCUGCUCUCGGUGAAAUGGGUGUCCGAUACCCAGUAAACGGUGUGUUCUCUGCAUACAAUACUCGUUUCCUUGAUUACAGUUGGGGUUUCGCCGUAGGCUGGACCUAUAUUAUCCACUGGACGCUGAACUUGCCCACUGAGAUGGUUGCCGCGGCUGUAACAAUUGAUUUCUGGAAAGGUGACGACAACGGCGCUACAAACGUGAACAAAGCCGCUUGGGUUGCACUGUUUUACUCUGUUAUUGUUUUCGUCAAUUUGUUUGGCGUUCGCGGCUACGGUGAAGUCGAGGUCGUCAUGUCGGCGAUCAAGGUGAUUGCCGUGGUUGGUUUCAUUAUCCUGGGCAUUGUCCUUGUCUGCGGUGGUGGACCAAACCACCAGUAUAUUGGUGGUAAGUACUGGGGAGAUCCAGGAGCCUUUUCUCAUGGUGCGAAAGGUGUGUUUAAGGUAUUUGUAUCAGCCGCUUAUGCCUUCUCGGGCACCGAGUUCGCCGGUCUGGCUGCUGCAGAGACCAAGGCUGCUCAUAAGGCCCUGCCCAAGGCUACCAAGCAGGUUUUCUGGCGUAUUCUUAUUUUCUACGUUGUUUCUUUGACGUUGGUCGGCCUACUUGUUCCUUACACCGAGCCCCGCUUGGGAACUGCCAAGGACGGCUCUGCGUCUCCAUUCGUCAUUGCUAUCCAGCACGCUGGUAUCAGCGGUCUGCCUAGCGUUUUCAACACUGUUAUUCUGCUAUCUCUGUUGUCUGUUGGUAAUGCGGCUGUCUUUGGUUCUUCGCGUACCAUUGUGUCACUGGCUGCUCAGGGCCAGGCUCCGCGUUUCUUCUUGUGGAUCGACCGCAAAGGUCGCCCGGUGUUGGCUGUCGGCCUCGUGUUUCUGGUAGGUCUAAUUGGCUUCGUUGUCGCCGCCCCCAACUUCUCCAAGGCCUUCAACUGGCUGUCUUCUUUGGCCGGUCUCUCUGGGCUCAUGACCUGGGGGUCUAUCAACCUGUGCUUCUUCCGCCACCGGAUGGCCCUUGAGCACAACGGCAUCGGCCUCGACGAGCUUGAGUAUGUUGCGCCUCUCGGUAAAUGGGGCGGCCUCGUUGGGUUCCUUUUCGUUGUGUUUGUUCUCAUCGUUCAGUUCUGGGUGUCACUUUUCCCCACCAAGAGCGCGGAUGCCUACAACUUCUUCCAGGCUUACCUGUCGUUCUUCAUCAUCCUCGCGUUGUUUGUUGCCCACAAGCUCUGGACCCGCCACUGGAGCUAUGUUCGCGUCAAGGACAUCGACGUCACGACGGGUGUUCGCGUUGCCGACCGUGAGCAGCUGCGGGCAGAGAUUGCCGAAGAGAAAGCUAUGAUUGCUCAGAAGAACAUCUUCGGGCGUCUGUAUCACUUUUUCUGUUGA